UUUCAGGGGAAAUGGAGCUAGUGUUGCUCGCAUCGUCCCAUAUGCAGCACUGCAUUACAUGGCCUAUGAAGAGUACCGCCGCUGGAUUAUAAAUGGAAUUCCUGGAGUUGGGACCGGUCCGAUUCUAGAUCUCAUAGCAGGAUCAUUUGCUGGUGGAACUGCUGUACUUUUUACUUAUCCACUUGAUUUAGUUCGAACGAAAUUGGCUUACCAGGUAGUUGGAUCCCAAAAGUUAAACGUACAAGGGCUCGUUACUAGUGAACAAGUUUACAAAGGAAUAAAGGACUGUUUUUCCAAGACUUACAAGGAGGCUGGAAUUAAAGGCUUAUACCGUGGUGUUGCUCCGUCACUUUAUGGAAUCUUUCCAUAUGCCGGGUUGAAAUUUUACUUCUACGAGAAAAUGAAGAGCCAUGUCCCUAAGGAGCGCAAGAAGGAUAUCGCCACAAAACUAGCAUGUGGAUCUGUUGCAGGAGUUCUAGGCCAAACUUUCACUUAUCCUCUAGACGUUGUCAGGCGGCAAAUGCAGGUUCAGCGACUCUCAGCAUCAAACAGCUAUGAAAUGAAAGGAACACUUGAUACUCUUGUUAUGAUUGUGCGAAGACACGGAUGGAAACAACUAUUUUCCGGGCUUAGCCUCAACUAUCUGAAGGUUGUACCAUCUGUUGCGAUUGGGUUUACAGUUUAUGAUAUGAUGAAAGCGUAUCUGAGAGUACCAUCACGAGAUGAUGCUGUCAUAGAAGUUGUCACUAGUAGCAGAAAUAGUCAAAAAUCCACAAUGUAGUCUUGAAAAUCGUAACAAUCGUCCUCAGGUUCAGAAAUCGCCAAUCUCUGAUGAAGUUUGUAAAUUUCCAUUCUUUAACAUAGGCAUGAUUCUUCAUUACAAUAAAUUGUCAACUCGGCAAGUUCCUCCCGAAUUUACUUAGGAUCCGGGCAUUCAGUAUAUACACUGAUGUUUAAUCACUCAACGCCUUGAUCCCAGAUUGAUUUGGGUUGGCUAUACAUCCUCCAUAUCAAUCAUCUGUAUACGAGGUCAUGUUGCAAUGAUGUAUAUUAACUUGUUGUAAAGCAAUGCCUCAUUCUGGCAUCUUAUGCUGUGAUAGAAAAGUUUAAUGACCUAAGAUUGUUAGAAAUACUACAUGUUACUCUUUAAUAUCCAUUUUUGUGAUGUAUUCAUAGUAGAACCAAGAGAACCGCUGUUGUUUAAGUACAAUUUUUUAAAGUUCUCAUUGAUAAUAAAACGUGAUCACACUCUUGGAGCAA